UUCAUCCUCUCAUCCCGCUCUCUUUCUCCCUCCCUCCCACUCUCCUCUCAGUGACUUCCUGAGUCAGCAGAGAGUAAACGCUGCUACUGGAGGUGCCGUAUCCUGCAGAAACCGUGUGUGUGUGUGAGUGGACACAGAUGGGAAAGCGACUGAGUCAGAAAGGCUGCCUCCCAUCGCCGUCCUUCGCUCCUCUGCUGCUAUGGAGAUCCAGCAGGCUGAAUCACAGCAGCGUCCGCACAAAGAGCUGAGGUAGAAGUGUGUAUGCUGAGCUAGCAUGGACAAUGCAUGCAAGACAUGGUGGUCAUCUGGCUGUCGGGCUGUUGUGUUUCUCCACACGCUGGCCUUCUCCUACACAGGUGCCGUUGAACCCGCCCCCAAAAUUGACGGACAUCAUCGGGCGGCGGUAACACUAAGAGAAAACAUGACGCACCGGUUCCGCUGUCAAUCAGACGGAUGGGAUCGCGAAGCCCCGCCCUUGCUGACCUGGUACCUAAACGGGGAGCCGCAGAGGGUGGUCUCUCCAAAAGGCGGUCAGGUGAUGACCACGCCUCAUAAAAGGUCUGAGGUGAGGAGAUUAGGAGCCAAUCACAGCAACAGCUCCUUCGCCCUCCGGGCCAGGAAGUGGGACAGAGAGCUGGUGUGUGUGGCGUUGGACCCCAAGUCUGGCACCAGCUACAACGCCACGGUCACUCUCAAUGUCCAGUUCCAACCCGCCUGCCACCUUCGCCUUCGUGGACCAGGCUGGCCAGCUGGUGGCGAACACUUCGGACAUCCUCCUCCUCGACUCGCACAACUACCCCUGGCUGACCAAUCACACGCUGAAAGUGACGCUCAGCAGCCUAUCGAGGAAUAUCUCGCUGAACGCCAGCAACAGCGUGGGCACGGCGCAAAGCAACCUCACACUGGCAGGUCACUGGCGUGGCAAACCAGGGCUGUAUUUGAAAAACUGGUGUUUACCUUCGGUACCGCCUUACUUACUGUCUCUCCUCCAGAGUUCCUGCAGUCUCGUGUGGAAGUGCCGAUGCUGGGAAUCGUAACUGGCGGGGCGAUGGCCUUCAUGGCUCUUCUCAUCCUCAGCCUGAUUGUCCUCUGCCUCAUGCACAAAACAAAGAGCAAGUCUCUUGAUGAUUCAGUGGAGAUUGUGAUGACAAAGAAAAGUGAGUCGACCAACCUUAAAGCAGUGAGGGCUUACAUCCCAAGAGAGAACAUGUCGCUGCCUUCCAACAUGCAGCUCCAUGACCUCAGCACGUUGAAAAAAGCACGGGAGACUGCACAGCAAAACGGUGGCGGACAGAAGAAGAAGGAAGAGGAGGAUGAAGACCUGUCGUUAGCCUACGCUGCCAGAGGGUUUGCCAGAUAUCCCAUGGUGGGAUACAUCUACAAAGUGAACAGCACAAGCAGUGAGGAGAUCUGGCUGUGACGGACCUCCAAAGCAAUACACAUAUUAUAUGUGCAUGUAUGACUAUAGUUUUUGGAGGUUAAUUUGUGUCUUUUUUACCAAAGCUUUCUUUUCGACACUGAAUUUAUGUAGCAGAAUUUAUUUAGCAUUUGAAUGUUGUGAACUUAAUUUUUUUUUUUUACAUCAAAUUAUGCUGACAAUCUCAUUGAAUAAAAUUUUGUGAGAAAAAUUUGUGUUUAAAAAUUCAGUUUGUAAAAAUAGAGCAUAUAAAAGUUCAAUGUCUACAAAUACAGUGUUUUAGAAUUCACCGUAAAACAGCAUAUUAAAAGUCAGUCUAUAAAAAUAUAAUAUAAAAAAAUAUAAAAAUGCAGUGCAAAAAUAAAUAUAUUAAAAUUCUGUGUAUAAAAAAAAUAUAAAAAUGCAGUGCAAAAAUAAAUGUAUUAAAAUGCAGUGUAUAAAAAUUCAGUGUAAAAUAAUUCAGUGCAGAAAUAUUUCUUCAAAUUUAAGAGUCACUCCAGGUAAAUUAAGACUGGUUCCGAGACAGGACCGAUUGCUUUAACUUACUGUAAGUGGGUAUUGAGUUUUGAAGCAAUGAAUAUGUUUGCACUGAAUUUUUUUCACCCUUAUUGUUUUAAUACACUGCAUUUUUACACAUUGCAUUUCAAAACACUGUAUUUGAAAAAACUCAAUUUUUAAACACACAGAUUUUGCUCACACAUUUUAAUUCAAUCAAUAUCGAACUAAAAAAUGCGGUUCACAAAAUUCAAACGCAAACAAUUUGUUAUGAUCCGUUGCCAGUUGUUCUGUUAGUUUGACUACCUCAGUUCUGUUUUCAAUACCCCUGGGUUUGUGUUUUGGUUUCCUUGGGUGCUGAUUAGUUUCACCUGCCUCUGUUUAGUGUUCGGGACGCUCACCUGCUCCUGGGCACUAAUCAGAGAGCUACUUAUUCCUGUCUUUCGCCACACACGGUCUGGCUGAUUUAUUUGCUUCAAUGCAACACGUUACGCCGUUACCUUUUCGAUUCCGGGUACACUUGGCCCGGCGACCCACCACCAAGUCCUCCCUCCGCCCUCCCAUGACUUUUGAACUUUCUCUUAGUUUUUUUCAGGGGACAUCUGUACAUCUGGCCUUAAAAGGGGGGGUACUGUUAUGAUCCGUUUCCUGGAGCAUGUUUUGUUCCGUUAGUUUGACUACCUCAGUUCUGUUUUCAGCACUCCUGGGUUAGUGUUUUGGUUUCCAUGGGUGCUGAUUAGUUUCACCUGCCUCUGUUUAGUGUUUGGGACGCUCACCUGCUCCUGGGCACUAAUCAGAGAGCUACUUAUUCCUGUCUUUCGCCACACAUGGUCUGGCUGUUUUAUUUGCUUCCAUGCAAUACGUUACGCCGUUACCUUUUCGAUUCCGGGUACACUUGGCCCGGCGACCCACCACCAAGUCCUCCCUCCGCCCUCCCAUGACUUUUGAACUUUCUCUUAGUUUUUUUCAAGGGACAUCUGGCCUUAAAGGGUGGGUACUUUUAUUAGCCGUUUCCUGGAGCAUGUUUUGUUCUGUUAGUUUGACUACCUCAGUUCUGUUUUCAGCACCCCUGGGUUGGUGUUUUAGUUUCCAUGGGUGCUGAUUAGUUUAACCUGCCUCUGAUUAGUGUUCAGGACGCUCACCUGCUCCUGGGCACUAAUCAGAGAGCUACUUAUUCCUGUCUUUCACCACACACGGUCUGGCUGUUUUAUUGCUUCCAUGCAACACGUUACGCCGUUACCUUUUCGAUUCCUAUGCUUGUUUUCCUUUUGCUAAGCUUUAGCUUUGCUCCCCUUGCAUUCGGCAUGCGUUGCUUUUGUUUGAAUCCCGCAUGUUUCAUAGACAAUAAAUCCUUGUCUCACCUGCACAGUUCCUGCUGCAUCUUGGGAGAACGACCCGCACAGUAAAAUGCAACCAAAGCGUGACGCAAUUCAAGUUACAGUACAUAAAUUCAGUGUAAAAAAAAAAAGGCACAAAUUAACCUCUGUACUAAAUCAACAACAACAAAAAAAAAGACUGCCCGCCCUCCAUUUUGUUGAUUGCACAAAAAGAAAAGCCACAACAAUGUUGUCUUAUUGCGACAUCAAAACUUAGGUGUUCCGAAAUGUCUCAACUAAGCGUGUGAACACCUAAACCAUUAUUAUUUUUUUAUUUUACAGUUCUGGAAUACCAUGUGUAACCACGCUGAUGUCACCCAUGCUGUGAAUUGUUUCUGGAAUGCGUUUGUCGUGCUAUGCGUAUGAGAUUAUACCAAUGGAUUUGAUGUAUGUAUUUAAAUAUGCACAUGCAACAUGUCAGGUAAUGUAAAUUUGUUUGCAAAUGAACUUAAUCGUAUUUAA